AUGGCGGCGCUGUUUUGGGCACAGAGACGCGGGAUCAUCCACAGCUCCAGCGUCAUGGCCAACAACAAGAAGGCGGCCAAGCCGCCCUUUAUGACCAAUCUGGUCACCCAGGAAGAGUAUGAUGUGAUUCAAGAAAACAAGAUCAAGUGCGCCUGCGUCACCGAGCUCUACGUUGGCCGCAACUCGGGCUGGGAGUUUCAAGGCGUUGGUGUUGCCCUGUGGAUUCAGGAGCGGAGCACGCGCAAUUACAGCCUGCGCUUCUUUGACGUGGACAAUGAUCGUGAGCUUUUGGGCCAGCAGGUUUUCCAUGGCAUGGCCUACACCAAGCUGCACGGCCCUUACAACACUCUCCACUGCUUCUCCUCCGAGCAGUAUGGCACGGCCGGUUUCAAUUUCCUCAGCCUGGAGGACAGCAAGGAGAUGAGUCGCCGAGUCCGGCAAUACCUCAACAAGUGCGAACGCAUUCAGAAUGGUGGUGCCACCAACAUCAAGCCCCGCACGCCUGCCAGUCGUCCUCCACCACCCCCUAGCAUCAGCUCUCCCGCUCCACCGCGCCCCGCGCCUGCCACCGUGGGCCCCGCCACCACAUUUACCGCCAGCAGCAUGCAUACGGUUGGCUCACGCAACAGCAGCAGCAGCAGCCCUUCCUCCUCCGUCAACACCAGCUCCAAAAAGACCAAAAAGGACAAGAAAAAAGGCGGCAAAGAUACCAAGCAAUCGGCUCGCCUUGACAAGUCAAUGAUCUCUGGUCCCUCUGACUUUCGCCAUGUCAGCCACAUUGGCUUGGAUCAAGACGGUGAAUUUGACGUCAACAACAUUCCCCCUCGCUGGGAAUCCCUGCUCAACGAAGCCGGCAUUGACAAGAAGGAUCUCGAAGACGAGGAUACCCGCCGCUUCAUCGAGGACUUUGUUAACAAGAAUGGCGGUAUCGAGUCUGCUGAAGAAGCCGCUUGGGCACCCCCACCAGCACCAGCGCGCAACGGUCCACCACCCCCACCUCCGCCUGGCCGAGCUGGCCCACCGCCACCUGCCCCGAUGCGGGGACCCCCACCGGCCCCCUCGGGCAGUGCACCUCCCCCACCGCCGCCCACCAAUCGCAAGCCUGCCAUGGGAGCACCUCCUCCGCCGCCACCCAUGAACGCCGGUCCUCCUCCCCCUCCACCGAUGGGAGGUGGCGGUCCUCCUCCUCCCCCUCCACCGAUGGGAGGUGGUGGUCCUCCCCCGCCCCCGCCGCCAAUGGGUGGAGGAAGCGGUGGCCCACCCCCGCCACCUCCUCCCAUGAAUGCUGGGCCACCCCCGCCACCUCCACCCAUGGGCGGCGGCGCGCCGCCGCCUCCUCCGCCUGGUGCAGGCAAUCCAUUCGCGGGUGGUGCCCCACCUGCCUCGGCGGGCCGUGGUGGUCUUCUGUCACAAAUCCAGGGAGGUACCUCCCUACGCAAGGUCGAUCCCAACGAGAGCCACCCGGCCUCGAACGACGACAGUGGCGACUCACGUGGGGAUCUGCUGGCUGCUAUCCGCGGCGGCAAGGCGCUGCGCAAGGUACGGCCAACGAGCCUUUUCUCGCUCAUGUUUGCAGUUCAAGCUGUAUCGAAGUAA